AAUCAUCAAGCUGCUUUAUAUCCAUGAUAAGACGUAAAACAAUAACAAUGGCGUGGGUAGCCUCCGGAAGUUUAAUUAUCUACAUGGAGCGCCGCCUAGUCAAGGGAGAUAACCUACUUAUAGGAAAGCCCUAUAGCAGUGGUGGGGUAUAUAUUGGGUCAUCCAUAAUGUGGUUUUUUUUUACUUCUUUUAUUUUUCAAAAUUAGGAUAAACAAGGUUCUUUUGUAAUCUAAAAUAUACUCUUCUUCGUUUUCUACAAUGCUCUUCCAUCUAUCUGGUAGAUUUGCAAGGCCCUCUUCCAAAAUUCACUUCUCCGUGACGAAAAAUACUCCUCCAUACUGUUCUUACCUCAUCUACAGAAUUCAUAUUUUUUCUGUCCAAAUGAUUUUGAAGACUCUGGAAUAAAUGAUAAUCAGUUGAAGCAAUGUGAAUAUGGUGGGUGGGUCAUCAUUUCCCAUUCAAACUGCUGUAUGUGGCCAAGCAUUAUCCUGAUGGAAGAAUACCUUUCGUCUUGAAACCGAAGAUGGUCAUUUUUCUUCUAGUGCUGACUUAAGCUGUUCACAGUAGAUCUCCUUUAUCAUUGGUUUGGGUUUAAAAGUUCAAAGUGGACUAAACCUUCCAUAUCCUACCAAACAGAUAGCGACACCUUAUGUGAGCGAAGACAUUCUUUAGCCUGGAGUGCCGGUGUUUCACCUUUCCCUAUCCACUAUCUUCGGCCCUUGACAUUUUUAUAAAGAACCCAUUUCUUGUUACCAGUCACUAUUUGGUCCAAGAAAGGUUCAUUUGUGGGAUGUGACAGGAAAGAAGAUGAUUGCACACGAUUGGACUUGGAAAGUUUGUGAGGAACACAUUGACCCAAUUUGCUAACUUUUCCGAUGGCACACAGGUGUCAAUGAAUGGUUGAAUGACUAAAUCCAAGCUUCUCUGCUAGUUCUUCAACAGUUACAAUGGGAUUUUGUUCCACUAGGGUUUGCAGGAUGUCCUCGUCAAGCUCUACAGAUCUUCCAAGAUGAGGUUCAUUUUCUAGGCUGUAGUUUCCGGGUUAGGAUUUCUGGAACUACCACUAACACUGGCUUAUGCUUAUUGUCUGAUCCCCUUAUUCUGCAUUAAUAUUCCUCACACUUUCUGUUGCAUCAAUGCCUUUAUUGAACUCAUAAAGCAAAAUAUGCCAAAUAUGUUCCUUUGCCACUUCCAUUAUAUCUUUGAAAAAAUAACUGUUAAAAUUGAACUGCACUCUUCAAAACUUGUACUAAGAAUAAGACAAAGGUAAAAUUACUACCUGCUUUUAUAGCAAGUUGAUGCAGGUAGUUUAUCCUGUCCCCUUCCAACUUUUAGUUCAUGCAAUUGAUAAAACCACAUUUUUGGGGGAUGACCCAAUAUAGAUAUUAUUUAAUAACAGUUUGCCUUGGCUUCAUGUAACUUAGUUUUAUAGUUUCAUAGAAUGAACCUAACUCAUCAGGCAUUUGGAGAUGAAGUAACAGGAAAUGAGAUAAAUUCAAGAUGGCUUCUAGAUGUUAGGCUUCCAUUGGAUUUGGAUCAGUUAUUGUUGGCUUGCAAGUGAUAUCAGAUUGUAUUUUCAAGUCGUAUUAGUUGCUCUCCAAAUGCUUGAAGCCCACAAAACCUUAAACUUUUAUUGAAUACUAUAUUUAACUUCUGCCAGGUGUGUUGAGUACCACUUUCUUUCAUUUGUCUACUCACUAAUGUGUGAGUGUGGAUGCACACAUGUAUGCACAUACAAACAUACACACUUUCUUUUUUUGUUGGGCCUGCAACCUCAAAGAGAAAGUGAGCAAAAAGAAUUGGGAGCCCAUUAAUGGACUUAUACUAUAAUUAUCAGCUUUAAAAGGAUGCAUGGCAAAAUUGACCUCAAUAGGAUCUGAACUAGAUGACAGUGUUUUGUAUCGAAUGUUUUGAUGAUGCAGUUUUAAAUACCUACAUUAAAUUCUGUCAAGCAGUACCUGUUGGUGUCAUUCCAUUAGGUCAACAGAACCGAUUUGCGACAUUGCUGUUUGGAGAAGACCCAAAUCAAGUUAAGUUUAUCAUGGAUGCUUCUAUGGCUGUAAUCAAGUCUGUUAUAAAGCCUGUAGAUGUGCUAGAAAUAAAGGCGGAAGAUGGUAAAAACACCUAUGCCAUGUCAGGGUUGCAGCUUGGUGUUUAUAAUGAUGCUGAAACACGGAAAACAAAAUAUUGGUACUUUGGGCCUUUGAAAUCUUAUUGGACAUAUCUUCGAACUGCAAUGAAGAAAUGGCCACCAGCUGUCACACUGAAAGUUGAAUAUGUGCCAUCCAGUGCUGACUUGACAAUUAAGAAGGUAGUAGCCUCCAGUGAGAAGAAGCAGGUUAAAAAAUGGUCAUUAUUCAAUUUUUUGUACAAGUCUAAAAUGCCUGAUCUAUCUUAUGUUGAAGAAUAUGAAAUUGAAGACAAAGACUGGAUCCAAGAGCAGAUGUCUACUAUUGAGUUGACUGUCACAUCCAGUACUUAUCAAACUGAUAAUUUGGAUGCAAGUAUAUUAGAUAUUGGCAUUGGUCCUGCCUUACCAGAGAAAAGCUCAGUGAUAAAAGAAGGAUGGUCCAGAGCUAAACAUAGACGUUUAAAGCUUGGCAGUCAGGAAAAUAACCAUUUAAAGGCACACAAAUUGAAGUUAUCUCCUGAAAUUGAAGAGGGUGAAGAACUUUGGUACAAUGUAGAUGGAGAAGCUUUUGAAGCACGGCCAAUUGAGAUUAGCAUUAUUAAGAAGCAACUGCAGAUGUUUCAUCCUCCUGAGUCGGUUAUCUCAUAUAUAUAGACCUAUUGCAAAUAUUUUGGAUAAUGAACAUUUUUGCUGGUAUUUUUCUUCAUUAUGAUGACAGAUAAACCAUAGCAAGAAAAGAUGAUAGAGAGAAAUCUAGAAGUCUGGUGCAAUCUGUUGUAUGCAUGUGAAAAUACAUCAUUUUUAUCACGAACUCACAAUUCUCUCUAACUAGAAGAUAAAUUUGACUUGUUAUAUAUAUAUA